AUGAUCGUUCAAGGCACUCCAGGACUUGCUUCCAAUGCAUUCAGUCAAGCUGUCAACUCUGCCAUGUCUGAACUCGCUCUUAAUUCGGAAUUCCAAAAAUUUGUUUCUGACAAUUAUCCAUUCUCUGUUCCUUAUUGCAGUUUCUCGAUCAAUUAUCCUUAUUCUUCUCCAAUUCCAUCUUCUAUAAAAGAAUUGAUCAUGUGUACUCAUAUGCAAGAGACAUUUGACGUUUGGACAAUUUUGUAUCGUCGAGUGGCUCAAGGAAUUGUUGACAAUUUAAAUUCAAAAUACAAACUUUCUCUGACUCCAAAAUAUCUUGGAAUUAAUACCACAACUGGUUAUUUCGAUAACUUAAAACAAGCCGUUGACAAUGGUGUGUGUGACAUUGUCGUUUCUGACACGACCUUCACCGAUGAAAGAUCGAAACUUGUCAGUUUUGCAUCGUGUGGUUAUGGUUACAGUAGUGAUGGAUUUUUAAGAACAGAAUUGAACAGUACCACUUUGACAGGAAUUAACUCGGUUACACAACUCAAUCGAGCAGAUGUCAUUGUGUCAUGGUAUUACGGAACGAUUUAUGACCAAAUUGUCAACACAACGUUACCACUCGCUCAGAAAAUGCCAGUCAAUAAUGUGGAUGAACAAUUUCAAUUAGUGAAAGAGAAGAAAAUUCAUGCGUUAAUCUCAGAUGCUGUCGAUUUAGAAAAUUGGAGAUUGAGUCAUAAGGAUAUUUGUUCGACCUGUUAUGUGAAAACAUUUGGAACGACUUUUCCAUUUGGUAUUUUUACAGCAUUAAAGAAUGGUGAAGAAUCUGUGAGGAACAUGACGUCGAGAAGUGUGGUUUGGUGCAUCAUCCUCGGUUCAAAUCUGUUGCUCGCUUUUGUUAUUGGUUUGGUGUGA